GUGACAAACAAGGGUAGUAAACAUUUAGCCACUUUGAGUCUUUUGAGUUUUUCAAAACCCCAACAAAACCCCUCUUUCUCUUCUUCCCUAAACCGCCACCGGUCCAUCCAUCAUUCAGACCUUCACUGCUUUCUUCCUCCUCCUCUCUUAAGUCUUAAACCCCAAACGGCCGCUAUAUCCGAAUCUCUUCGACUCCUCUCAUUUCAUCUUCAACAAGGUGUUGAAGAUGAUAUCUUUGAUUUUAUGUGGCUUCCAAUUGAUCCAAUAAGUUCUAUUUUGCAUCAUAUUCCAUGUGGGUUUCAGCCAUAAGGUCAGUUUCUGGUAAGAAUUUGAGAAGUAAAUUUCUGAGUAUUCGUCGAAAAUCUACUUUUGCAGCUGCCCAAUUGAGUUCUUCGUUCUCUGAUUCUAGUUCUGAUGAACUAACAAUUUCGACUCCGAAUAGUAUUGGUAGUGAUAUAGAGGAUCAUUUGCAUCAAUUUGAUACUAAUAGGGUCAUUGAAUUUCUUAAAAGAUUGAAAAGCGAGCCUAAACAGGCAAUUUCGUUCUUUUAUGAUGUUAAGAAACGCGGAUUUCGACACAAUGUCGAAACUUAUGUGUCAAUUAUUAGAAUAUUGUGCAGUUGGGGUUCCUCUAGAUUGUUGCAAGACUUAUUGUUGGAGGUCAUUAAAUCAAAUGAGGAAGAAUUGGGUUUUGACAUUUCGGAUUUGUUGGAAGUUCUUUUGGAGAAUCUUGAGGUUGAAGUAACCAGUUCACUGGUUACAGUAAUUGAUGCUUUUGUGAAGGCUUAUGUUAGUUUGGGUAUGUUUGAUGAGUCUAUUGAUGUUUUGUUUCAAACACGAAGGCGGGGUUUGAUGCCUUGUAUAUAUACGUGCAAUUAUUUAAUAAACCGCUUGAUUGAGCAGAGAAAGUUGGACAUGGCUGAGGCUAUAUACCAACAAUUAAAGAGGAUGGGUUUGAACCCCGAUGUUUUUUCUUAUAAUCUUAUGAUUAAGGCAUUUUGUAAAAAGGGUCAUUUAGAGGAAGCAGUUAAUGUCUUUAAGGAGAUGGAGGAUGCUGGCGUAAACCCUAAUGAGUUUUCUUAUGGCACAUUAAUUGAAGGACUUUGUUCACUUCAAAAAUCAGGUGUGGCAUAUGAAGUACUUAAAGCUUGGAGGUGUUCUGCUGUUCCUUUCGAUAACAUUGCUUAUGACAUGGUGGUUCAGGGCUUCUGCAAUGAGAAUAAAUUGAGUGAAGCUGAGACUGUUUUGCUUGAUAUUGAGAACCAAGGGCUGACACCAGGUGCCUAUUUCUUUGGUGCUUUAAUUCAUGCAUAUUGUAAGAAAGGAAAUAUUCGAAAAGCAUUAUUCUUUCAAAAUGAAAUGCUGUUGAAAGGUGUGAAAAUGAAUUGUGUUAUAGUGAGUUCCAUUCUUCAAUGUCUGUGUUCGAUGGGAUACUUUACAGAGGUUCUCAGUCAAUUCAAAGCAUAUAAAGACGCUAGGGUUUUUCUCGACGAAAUUUGUUAUAACAUCGCAGUGAAUGCUUUGUGUAAGUCAGGCAGAGUGGAAGAAGCUUUGGAGUUGCUUGAAGAGAUGCGACACAUAAACAUGGUCCCAGAUCUGAUUCACUACACAACUCUGAUCAAUGGAUACUGUCUUGAGGGAAAAGUUUUCGAUGCCUGCAAUGCUUUUGAAGAAAUGAAAGCCAAGGGUAUUGAGCCUGAUAUUACUGCUUGCAAUAUACUCGUAGGUGGUUUUGCUAGAAAUGGCUGUGCAAAAGAGGCUUUGCGCUUUCUUGACUACAUGAAGGACCAAGGUUUGACACCUGAUGUUGUUACUCAGAAUAAAAUCAUUAAAGGCCUCUGUAUAGGAGGGAAGGUAAGAGAAGCUGAAAUGUUCCUGAAUAGUUUGGAGGAGAAGCACCCAGAUAAUUUCUCCGCCAUGAUUCAUGGGUAUUGUGAGGCAGGACGCACACGGGAGGCUUUUGGUCUUUUCUCCCACUUGUACAAGCAAAGAAUCUUCCUAAAUAAGAAGACGUGCAUGAAGUUGCUAACUAGCCUAUGCAUGGAUGGUGAAGUUGAGAGUGCAUUUGUGUUGGUUGAAAAAUUUCUGGGCUCAGAAGAUGAUCCUUGCAUUAUAAUGCACUCAAAGCUUAUGGCAGCUUUGUGCAAUUCCGGAAAUUUGGAGAAGGCUCGGUGGGUGUUUGACAAAUGGAUAAAAAGGGGCUUGAUUCCUGAUGCUAUAAUGUACACAAUAAUGAUAAAUGGGUACUGCAAGUCGAAUUGUAUGUUGAAGGCCAUUGAGCUUUUAAACGAUAUGAAGGGCAGAGGUACUACGCCUGAUGUGAUCACUUUCACAGUUUUGCUUGAUGGCUGUUUCAAAACAAGCUUAAAGAAGACCCAUCCUCGUCGAAAAAUUUCUCUAGGAAAGGAAGUUGCAAAAAUUGAAUCAAGAAUUAGGAGCGAGAUGUCAGAAAUGCAGCUGAAGCCUGAUGUUGUAUGUUAUACUGUGUUGAUCGACAAAAGCUGCAAGUUGAAUGAAAUCGAGGAUGCCAUGAAGCUGUUCCAUGAAAUGAUGGAUUAUGGUCUGCAACCCGACACUGUGACAUACACAGCUCUCCUUUCUGGGUGUUGUAGAGUACAUGAUGUGGACAGAGCUGUGACCCUUGUUGAUGCAAUGACUUCACAGGGAUUACAGCCUGAUCAGGUAACCAUGUCAGUGUUGGAACAUGGUAUAUUGAAAAUUAAGAAAGUACAGAUCAGUCAUUGAGCAGCCUAAGAAGUUCAAAUGCAGAAGCUUAAGUUAACGGGUUAGCUCUGUGACCAUUGAUCAAAGGUAUCAAUAUCAUACUGAUCUAGUAUGCUAUCACCAACUGGACAGCAAUGUAGAAUGUGUUGUCUGAACAUGGGAGACUGGAUGUCAUUUCAAUGUUGGUGACCAGGUGUACAGUGGUGCUACCUGAUUUUGUAAGGCUUAGUCAAUCUGCUCCUUCAUGUCAUACUAAGCUCUGAUGCUUCAAGUCAAGGCUCUUGGUGGCCUUCAUUCUUGUUUUGAUUAUGUGAACUUCCUUUUCUGGGAAAUGGUCCACACAAGCUUGUGUUUGAAGUAUGGUCUGCAGUUGCUCACUGCUUUCGACUCUGAUACUUCUCCAAUUUGAGGCAAGGCAAAUAUUGGGAAGGUUGUAUGCACCAAAUGAAAAACUUUCGUCAAUUAGGAAGGAUUGGAGCAUUUUGGUGAAAGGCUCUGCUUGAAUAUCUCCUUUUAUCAGCUUCUCUUCAUUGCAGUGAUGAUUUCGGGUUUUUAACUCAAAAAUAUGUCCGAAAACCUUGGGGAAAGCUUAUAACAGGAGUUCUUUCUGAAGAUCUUAAUGAUUCCGAAGGCUGGGAGUGGAUGAAAGUUUGAGCUACUUGGUUUCCGAAGUCAGAACCUGGGAUUUUUUUUACAUGUUCAAUUUAUUUUCUUCGGGAAUGUAUAUGCAUAUUAGUGUUGGCUGGAAGCCUGGAACUUGGUUUGAUCUGGUACAUAGAACAAAAUUAGAAGCGCGGACACUAGCUGAUAUUGAGUGGAGAUUUGGAGUGUCUUUUUCGUCAAUUUACCCAUAUGGAUGAAGUGUAAAUUCUUAAUGCCGAAAAGGAAAGCGUAAAUUUUGUUUACAUAUUAGAAUGUAAUCAUUGAUCCAGAUUUCUUUUUAUACAAGUCCAGUUUUGUUGAUGUAA